AUGGAGCCGUCUCAGCCCCAUCCCAUCCCCCCUCAACCGGUUUUAGACCAGGUUGAGAGCAGUCCAGCACCUGCAGACUGCAAACUCGCAGAAGUGUGUAGCGCUUCUGCGAGUCCUGAGCCAUUACAGGCUCAUACUGCCAUUGCCGGGUCUGGAACCAUCCCAGACCUGAUCCAAUGCCAUUCUCAACUGGUUUUAGACCAGGUUGAGAACAGUCCAGCACCUGUGGACUGCAAUCUCACAGAAACGCACAGCGCUUCAGCAAAUCCUGAGCCAUCACAGGCUCAUACCAUCAUUCUCGGGUCCGGAUCCAUCCCAGACCCGACCCAAUCCACUCUCCCACCCACUGGGCUCCCUUUCCCAGAGCCCUGGAGGGAGUUUGAGUCCCUGGAGAACUAA